UCAUUACGCCAUUCUUACAGUGCCUGGAAACCAGGUCUCUGUUGCUUGAAUAAGGCCAGCAAUGGAGACCGCCAUUUGUGGGAGAAUCACCCUCUCCGCAAAUCAACUUCUAAACCCUAAAUCAGGUGAUAAGCUGCUUCUCCUAAAAGGAACAUGCCCAAACCGAGGCACUAUUAUGAUGGUAUCAGCGAGUGGACCAGGCAAAGGUGGUGGCUUGUUGGAAAGACCAACCAUUGAGAAAACCAGCCCUGGCCGAGAAUCUGAGUUUGAUUUGAGAAAAUCAAGGAAAACAUCCCCUCCAUAUCGUGUGUUACUGCAUAACGACAACUAUAACAAGAGAGAGUAUGUUGUCCAAGUGUUGAUGAGAGUUAUUCCAGGAAUGACCCUCGACAAUGCAGUCAAUAUAAUGCAAGAGGCCCAUUAUAAUGGGAUGGCAGUGGUAAUUGUGUGCGCACAGGUUGAUGCAGAAGAACAUUGUAUGCAAUUGAGGGGUAAUGGCCUGUUAAGUUCAAUCGAGCCAGCAGGAGAUGGGUGCUGAUACUAUGCAGCCAAUGCAUGUUGCGUUUUGUAGUUGCUAAUACUAUAGGGCUGGCUGGCUGGCUGGCUGUAAUUUAUUUGUAAAUAAAUAGCUUGGGAAUGACCCAUACAUAUUAUAUCCACGAUUAUGUACAGUUGAUUACUUUUGUAGAACCCUAGUGAAUAAGCGCAGAUGGGGGAAUAUUUCUCUCCACUUUUAGUUAGUAAUGUCUUGGAAGGCCCUUUUUUUUUUUUUGAUAAAAUUGGGGUUCAUUUUCCAUGGAGGUAUGA